GCUCCCGAACCGGCAGCUCCCAACGCAUCGCAAGAGACGCCUGCAGGUACGGCAGAGCCAGAGAUGCCAGAGUUGAGCUCCAACGCUGUGACCUUCACCUUCCAGCUGUCGGAUGGCAGCUUCAAGAACAUCAGCUUCGAUGCGAAGCCGGUGGGUAUUGACUUUUUCAAGACCACUCCUAUGCGUGUCAAGCUCGUCGCGCCCGAUUCCUUGGCAGAGAAGGCAGGCGUCCUCCCCGGCUGGGUCCUGACCCACUCGCAGGGCGAGCCACUGCCGUUGGACUUCAAUGCAGCUAUCCUCAAGCUCUCUCUAGAUCUCAAACACCUCAAGCUGGUGCGCUGA